AUGCCCCAACUGAACCCUACCCCCUGAUUCGCUAUUCUUAUCUUUACAUGACUAGUCUUCCUUACGAUUAUCCCUCCGAAAGUCUCAACCCACACCUUCCCGAACGAACCGACUUCUCGAAGCACUGAAAAACCACAAACAGAGCCCUGAAACUGACCAUGACACUAA